UUUGACCCUCCCCGGAUGCCGUUCUUCCUGAUGUGGGUGUGGACAACACAACAGAUGACUACACAAAUAAUGGAGAAGCUAUCCUAGCUUGCCUCUUAUAAGUUAGGAAAACAGUUUUUAAAUUAGCUCACUUUCACAUUUCUUUUCCUGGUUGCAAAGCGGAGCUGGGAUGCUGUGUCAGAAUGGGAAAUCUUUUUGGAAAAAAGAAACAAACCCGAGUGACAGAACAAGACAAAGCGGUUCUGCAACUGAAACAGCAGAGAGAUAAGCUGCGGCAGUACCAGAAGAGGAUCAACCUGCGGCUGGAGAAGGAGAGACUCCUGGCCAAGCAGCUGCUGAGAGAUGGCAAAAAAGAUAAAGCACUCAUCUUGCUGAAAAAGAAGCGCUACCAGGAUCAGCUUCUCGACAAGACGGAGAACCAGAUUGGGAACCUGGAGCGCUUGGUUCAAGACAUAGAGUUCGCCCAGAUUGAAACGAAGGUCAUUCAAGGGUUGAAGAUUGGAAAUGAGUGUCUGAAGAAAAUGCACGAGGUGAUGUCCGUUGAAGAGGUCGAACGGAUUAUGGAUGAAACCCAAGAUGCCAUAGAGUACCAGAGGCAAAUAGACGACAUGCUGGCGGGCUCGUUCACACAGGAGGAUGAAGACGCUGUGCUGGCUGAGCUGGAGGCCAUCACUCAGGGAGAGGUGGAGCUGCCUGGGGUUCCUGAAGACGAGCUUCCAGAAGUCCCCGAGGCCAGAGAGGAGAAACCAGAGCGGGAUCGUCCCAGAAAGAAGCCGGAGCGGGAGAUGCUCGCUGCUUAGGAGCUCCUCACAAACACUCCUACAUCACCCUACAGACACACAGACAUUUGCUGGACUCCCUCUCCUUCAGAGGCCUGUGAUGAAAUGACAUGAAGCAGCCUCUGUCAGAGACUGGUCCUCCUCCAUACCAUCACCCGGUGUUCGUUUGUCCUCGCUACACAUGCAGCCGGGACCGCAUCACCGGAGAAACGCUUGAAUCAUAAAGACCUGUGAGAUCAGAUACUGUGCCUAACCUUUGUUAAUUCACUCAAUUGCAUGUCAUUUUAAAUCAUUAAAUUGUCUCUUGAUAUAUAGAGUACAUCUACAGAAAGACUUUUGAGAUUUCUGCAUCUUUUCAGUGAAAUGAAGGUGAGUGGAAUAUCAUUUGUGUUCAAGGAAUUGUAAAAUGACUUUAAAGAACAAAUCAGCAGAAACAAUGUCCAGAUGACACCAGAUAUUUCACAGAGCGUGCUCAGAACAGUUUUUAUUGGGACUACUUUCUGUCAAAAAACCCUCUCUUGGAGUGGUCUGGAUCUGUAAAAUCAAACGCCAAUUAAACUGCUUUUUUUUGUCUUAUAUAUCAUACAUAUCUGCUCAUUUUAUGGAAAGAAUUGGAAACGAAAAGCAAGAAAUGUAUAUAUAUUUUUUUGGUUUCAUGAUAACACUCCCUAUCUCUGUCCAUAGAUGGAGAAUUUUACCCAAAGAUCUAAUUUUUCUUGCUUUUCUUGAUGAAAUGAACUCUGAAAAUAUUUUUUUUUAACAUUUACAUUAUUUUUUAAGUGCAAAAAGACAAUUUGAUAUCAGUUGGAUUUUAAAAUCUGGGCAAAUCGAACAAAAGAAGAAAUAUGAAUGAAUGGCAAAGAAAUGUUCUCGUUAUUGUAUAAAACUGACAUUUUAAGGAAGGAUUAAUACAAAAGCCGUGCUCUUUGGCGUGAUCUGUCUGUCUCAGAGUUAUUUAACCCCCCACUGCAACAUUUUCUAAUAUACAUAACAUUUGAAUGCCCUCAGCCUGACCCCGCUUCAAGCCGCCUCACUGAUCUAAUUCUCUGCUCCCUUUGUGGAUUAGCUCAGUGUCACUGUGGAAAGGGCUAAGCAUAUCGUGUGUGGGUUUACCUGUGAAGCCAACAGUUUUUAAUCUCUCCAAAGGUACAUUUCUUGACACACCCUGGAUCACACACACUGAGUAUUAUUUACUAAGAGCCUGUAAUUACUUCACUGUGCCCAGAUUCGUAGAAAUAUUUUAAACUGCAGCAAGAAGGAUGGCUGACAGUGGUAAACAUGUAUCAUUGUAGAUCCAUUUUACUAAUCUGUAAAUCAUUUAAUCUCACUAACAGAUGACUAACACUGCCCGGCUGCAGACUUCAUUCCUCUGCAGCAUCACACAGAUCGUCUUAAAACUGGUUUGCAUUGUUCUUCUCUCCAUCUGUGCAUUCUUUUUACAAUAAAACCGUUUUUCUUA